AUGUAUAGUUUUGUAUUAUUUUACAAUUUUAAAGGAACCAAAGGCCUUCGCUCGGUGCAAGCCAAGAGUAAGGUGGGCCAGCUGUAUGCUGAAGUGGUAUUCCUGCUAAGUAACUGGAAGUAUGUUCUACCAUGGCUGAUAAACCAAGCGGGUUCCCUGGUCUACUUAAUGGCUGUACAGCGACUGCCCCUAUCAACAGCAGUUCCAGCAGCGAACAGCCUCGCCUUCGCUUUCACUGCUAUUACUGCCGCUGCUAUUGGGUCUGAAGAACCGCUUGAUUCUCGUAAGAUAACUCAACUUUGGCUUUGCGAGGAGUAG